AUGUAGAUUUAUAUGGAAAACCAUACUGGAAACUUUUGAGAUAGUUUUUAUUUGUCUUUUAAGAAGGCAUGUCUGGCAUAUCUUUAGAUCUGUGAUUUUGACCUUUGUACUAGUUUGCCGCGAUUGUGCUGAUGCGUAACACUCAAACCUGCUCACACCUAUUCAGUGAGGGAGAAACAAGAGUGUGUACAUACCACUCCUGAGAACAGUUUGUAUUUGAUCAUGUUCAUUUUAAUACUUUUUAAGAUGCUGUUUACUCUAUAAGGCGUGUAUUUUAUGUCAUGGUGAUACUUUUUACUUCUUGGUGGUGACUUUAUUGUUCAAAACGGACUUUGAAUCUCAGUUGGAACUACACUUGUUUUCUUGCCAGCUGUGCAAAUAGGCAAAAGACACCUUUUGUGAGGGAUAAAAUGGACUCUUUUCAAGGGCCUUGCCCUCAUCAGAGCGUUCCUGUUGAGACAGACGAGAGAAUGACAUCCUCCAGUCUGGACUUAGCCUGGCCUCCCCCUUGCAAUCAGUGCAGUGGACAUACAGAGACCAGCAAAAGGCCGCAAGAACAUGGCUAUGAGCAAGUUAGGGGGUCAGCACACAGUGCCGGCCAGUGGAGACUCCCUCAGAGCCAGCGCCAACACCAGCUUGAACCUAGAAAAGCCCAUCAUGCUGUCCCCCAACCUCGUUUCCUCCUCCCUUCACACUUAGGACAGAUGGACCCCCUGGACCCUGCAGGUGUUUGGCUUCGUGGUCUCAGACAGCAGCAGAUGUCGUUAUAUGAACAGGACUACAUGGUUAACCACAGUAGAGACUUUGCAGGACCUUCAAACUGGCCUCAGGAUCACUCUGUGGAGGAAGAAGAAUUCUUGGAGCCUCCUCAGUCACUGAAGUCUAACGAUAACUGCACCCACUAUGUCCCAUCACGAUACCCUGCAGCACGUGUGCACGGCCCCAAUCCAGUGCAGGACAGUCGUCUCAGGCAGUGUGCUUGCUGUCCUCCGGCAAAUCUGCCCCGUCACAAAAAUAAUAAUUAUCAUCACAAGCAUGAGUACCCAGCGGAUCCAUGCGAGGAGCCCCAACACCACCAACAGUCAUGGAAUCCCCCAAAUAAUAGGCUGCAACUUAAUAAAGAUGAUCCAAAUCCCCCUCGUGGAUCUGUGCCCCUUUGUGUGGCCCCUCCUAGAGAUGUGAUGCACGAGGUCAGUGUGGGUCUCUCCCUCCAGGCUGGUCCAGGGCCAGCCACAAGGGAGAUCAGGAGGACCAUCAGCCUACCUGAGGAGUGUAGGAACGUUUUCAUCACAUAUUCAGUGGACACGGCCGAACAAAUCAUUCCUUUCGUCAAAUUUCUGACUGAUCAAGGGUUCGACCCAGCAAUUGACAUCUUUGAUAAUCCAGUCCGCAGAAUGGGCAUCACCAAAUGGAUGGACAGAUUUUUGAAUGACAAAUCAGUGCUCAUCAUCGUGGUCAUCAGCCCCAAGUACAAGGAGGACGUGGAGGGAGAUGGAGAUGACGAGCACGGCCUGCACACCAAGUACAUUCACAACCAGAUCCAAAAUGAGUUCAUCCAACAAGGCUGCCUGAACUUCAGACUGGUCCCUGUGUUGUUUCCUAAUGCAACCAAGAGACAUGUCCCCAGCUGGCUCCAGAACACAAGGAUCUACCAGUGGCCCCAGCACACCCAGGACCUGCUGCUGCGCCUGCUCAGGGAGGAGCGCUACAUCAUCCCACAGCGAGGGACUGACCUCACCCUCACUGUUCGCCCCCUCUGAGAAACACUGAAAAGGACAGACACGUGUGGAAAUUGGCCAGAAUAAAAGAGAUGGUUCAUUCUGUCAAAACCUCAACAUGCUGUGGGUAGGACUCUGUUUCAUAGGUCUUGAGAAGGACUGUUAAUACUGCAGCAAGUGAAGUGUUUUCCUUUCAUCACUUGUUUUCAGAUACAGCUCUGAUUUAUAAUUCAUUUUAACAGUAUUUCUAAUUUCAUUACAUACUCCAUACCAUUCAGUCUUCUUUCUCAAUGAUUGCAUUUUAAAUGAGAAAGAAAAAUUUGUUGCGUUAUUUGAUUGAGGCAGUGGGACCAAGGGUAAGUACGGUGUUUUUCAACCGGACCCUUUUUUCCUAUGUUUUGUGUGUGUACCUGACAAAUAAGAACAACACUUUUUUACAUUGGUCCAGUAUUGAGCGAAAGGGCUGCAGCUGGCAGGGGCGAAACAGGCUGCCGUGUAACUAUUAGGGGCCUGUUUGCACUGUCAGUGUACGUCCACUUAAAGUGCUUGUUUUUACUACUGACAGGAUCUGAUUAUUAUUACAAGUGUCUGACAACCCAUGGAAAAGAUCCCUACAGAGAUAAACCUUUUAGAUGAAGAGUAAGAUCAUUUUUGUUUAA